AUGUGCCUUGCCACGCUGCGCGCCUCCCGCGGGACGCUCAUCGCCGUCUCGAUGCUCGAGGAGGUCGACGCUGCGGAGGCGUCGGAGUUCUAUCUAGAGUGCCACGCGGUGGACCCUUUGGCCCGCUGGUCCCAGGAGCUCGGGCCCGAGCCUGCAGGAGAGGCGGCAGCUCGCAGGCCAUCGGAGGUCGAGCUGGACGGGUUCGGCAUGCCGCUCGACGGCGGCGCGGUUCGGGACACGGCUGCCCUGACCUCAGGCCCGCGCCCCGUGGUGGCGCCAGCGCGCGGCGGCGGCCGCCAGCCCGCUGCCCUGCAGGCCUCGCCGCUGGAGGAGGCAGGCGCCCGCCUGUCCGCCGUGGCGCCCCCUGCGCGCGAGACAGGGCCGACAAGGGGCGCGCGCCCGAGGUGUCAGCAGAAGCGGCGGCGAGUGCCGCGGGCGGCAGCGCUGGGACGAGGGUUGAAGGACCUCCUCUCGAACUGUUGCUUGAGGCGGCGGCCAACAGGGGCAGCCCUGGUGACGUACGGCAGUCAGUUCUCAGUGGCGCCAGCGCCAGUGGUGAUGGGGCAGUCCCGCGAGGGCACGCCGUUCGUCGAGGCGCUAGCUAAGAUGAGUGAGUAUGUCACCACGCAGGAUGGUGAGAAGGCGGGGGAGGAUUCCCCGUCUAUCUUCAUGAAGUACUUUCUGAAUGUCCCCGCCCCUCAGACCCCCAUCAAGUCGAUCGGGAUGGAGGUCUACCGCGAGAUGAGGACAGGCUGCGAGGCCGAGGAUGCCAUCCCCUCGGGCAAGACGGCCUACGCCAUUGACGUGCUGGGUCCACGGUUCAAGGCACUUCAGCUUACCGCUAUCGACAAGUGUUGGUCGUGUAUUCGCUGGCUGGAGCUCAUCGCGCCCAUGAACGAGCAGCCUGCGUUCAGAACAGAGGAUGAGGAGAUCGUGCGCCCCGUCGAGCUGGGCGAUUUGCGCCUAGAGGAGCUGCUGUGUGAGCUCAAGCAGGGCUGGGAGACAGGCCGGGAGAUGGAGCCGCCGAGGAGCAACUCCCCUCCUGUAGGCCACACUGGCGGGAGCCGAGGCAAGGCGGCCCACCAGCUGCCAUGGCCUCGGACGCCUGCGGGCCUCGUCGAGGACCCACCGCUACCAGCAGCACCAGCAGCAGCAGCCCGCCGCCCUACACCAGAGCCGCAGCGGACUGUGCAGCUACGCGAGGACUUUUCGAAGGGGGCGAUGCCGAAGGAGGUAUCCUGGAUGAUCGUCAAAGACGCCCACCCGAAGAAGCUGGGUGUGACGCGGGGAGCCUACGGCAUGCGCCUCAGGGAGCUCAUGCAGGGCGACUGCACUGGGGAGGAGCAGGUCGAGGCCGUGCCUAUCAAGCUAGCGGGGCCUAUACCAGGCCUUCCCGACAAGCAGCAUGCUGCGCAGCUUCAGACGGGGGAGUCUGUUGACGGGCACAUCCUGGAGUCGCUCAUGGACCCUGAGGCUGCCCCGCUGCCUCAGGCGGACUGGCCGCUGCACCCUCCUCGCGCCCGGGUCAAUUGCGCGAGGCUCGAGGACUUGUACGAGGUCGCAGAACACUUGGUUGGCCUCAGCAUCUUGGGCGUGGUCGACGUGGCGGACAUGCUUGCGCAGCGGGCCCAGAAGGUCUUCAACGGCCUAGUCGCUCGCGAGAAGAAGGCCAAGACACUCGAGGCCUUGUCGAGAUGCACGCGCCAGAUUUUCAACAUGAUACCCUCCAACGCCUACCUCUGCAACAUUGUUGAGGAUACGUCGACUUUGGCGGCCUCCACCACAUGGACCAGCCUCCACUUGCCAGUAGGAGGCGUCAUGGUGUGCAGCAGCGACGACCAGAAGGGCGCGUUUUAUGUCUGGAAGCUGCCGCCAAUCUGGUAUAGCAGAAUGGCCGUCUCGUUGCCCCGUGCCAGCGAGCUCUGCGGGGUUGUCAAGGGCGCGCGGGCCGUGGGCACCCCAGGCGAGAUGAGGCUCGCCAUGCGGCGCGCCUGCGCCCAGGCAGAGGUCGCCUACGCGGAGGGGGCCCCUGCUAAUAAGGUGACUGAGCUGCUCCGCUACAUCGUGUAUGCCCUGGGCCGCGAUUACUGCCCAUGGCCGCUCAUACCCACGCUGUUGGGCCGUGCCGCUCAGGCCCUGGAGUUCAAGCGGCCGCCCUUGAGCUGCCUCAACUUGGUCUGGGAGUUCUCCGUCAGGACGAGAGGUAAGCGCAUCAACAUGGGCAUAAGCCAGGAGCUGCUCGUGUGCAGGGGGUACCUGUCCUUUGCGGGCACCGACCUCAGGGCCGCGCCGUCGCCAGUCGCCACCGCCUCGGAUGCCUCGGGGGCUGGAGGUGGAGUGUGCGGCUCCGCUGGCCUCACGCCCGUGGCAGUGCAGCAGCCCAGGGCCGCCCGCCAGGGAGCUAGGCCGCGCUGGGGCCAGGCCGCGGCGACCUGCAGCCCGCACGCAGCUCCCCGUUGCUACCAGGCGGACGUCGUUAAGCUGGCUGACACCUACAACAGCCUGUGCGACGUCUGCGUCCGUGGAGCAGGCAGCCCUGGGCAGGACCUCAGCACACAGCUGUUCCUGGUUCGAGGACUCCUUGCUCGGGGGCUACCUGCUGAGGCUCUGUUCGCGGAGGGGUCGUGCCCGCAGGUCUGGGGUGAGAUCGGCACCUACCCGAAGGGCACAGCUGAGUACGACAAGAAGCUGACCUCAGAAUUCGCAGGCGAGUUCCUUGCACUAAGUGGUCGCAGUGGGAGCGACAUUCGUCUAGCCGCGGGCCUGCUCUACCGACCCAAGGCGGGGCCGCGGGCGAGAAUCGUGGUCUCACGGAGGUGGCAAGGUAGCAUUGACCUCCACAUUCACGCCCGCGAGCUGCAGGCGGGAGUAGCAGCCCUGCUUUGGAGGACUCGCUCCACAGAGCACCUCAGCGCCAGGGUUGUCCACCUGCUUGACUCGCAGGCUGGCAGCGAUCACUACGAAGGAGCGGUCGGCCAGCACCAGGCUGCAAUGGCUCCUGCGCCAGCCUCUACCCCAUCGUCGAGUACAUCAGGACCGCUGGACACCGACGGGGGCAUCGCCGCGUACACAGAGAUGCUCUGGGGCGAAGGCGAGCCCGUUAGCAUUGCCAGCUCUGCUGUCGCUGCGUCUGCUCAAGGCUUGGAGCCACGUGAACCGCCUGUUCUCGCUCUGCCACUCACGCCAGAGCUCAUCCUGGGAAUAGCCGCCCUCGCCAUCGAGUGCGACGCUGUUUCGCAGGUCUUUUCCCCCACAACAGAGGUGUUCACAUUGUCCAAGCAGCAGGCUACAAUCAUCAAUGACGGAGUCAGGGUCCGCUUGCCUGAGACCAAGACAGAACACCGCAAGGCCACCAUUGAGAUGGUCGUUGUCGGCUGCCCCAUCGCAAUGGAUCUGGUCAAGCGCUGGUAG